UCGAUAGUUCCAUCACACUUUCACGAGCCAUGCAGACCACUGUGCCACCAAACAUUCUCUAUGCUGCUCUGAUUGUGCCUACCGUACUGUACCUCGCCGCAGUCACGCGACGGCGCCGCAGCGGUUUGCAGUUACCGCCUGGGCCGGCGGGUCUCCCGUUUGUGGGUAGCCUCCCUUUCAUCGACCGGAACCUUCACACCUACUUUGCAGAUCUCGCCUCCAAGCAUGGACCUAUCCUCUCCAUCCGACUCGGCUCCAAGGUGGAGAUCGUCGUCACGUCACCGGAGCUGGCCCGGGAGGUGCUCCGGGAGCAGGACUCCGUCUUCUCCAACCGCGUCAUGCCGGACGCCGGAAGCGCCGUCUCCUUCGGCGGCGUGCAGAACAUCGUGGGUAGCCCUGUGGGGCCGAUGUGGCGCCUGCUCCGCCGUCUUUGCGUCCACGAAAUGCUGAGCCCGGCUGGGCUUGAAAGCGUCCACGACCUUCGCCGGCGCGAGUUCAGGUCCACUCUGCGCUACCUCCACUCCAGGUCGGGUGAGCCCGUGGACGUCGGCGCGCAGGUGUUCCUGAAUACUAUGAACGUGAUGACGAGCGUCAUAUGGGGAGGCACCGUCGGGAGCGAGGACGAGAGAGCCGCAGUUGGUGCUGAGUUCAAGGGGUUAGUGGAUGAAAUCACGGAGUUGCUGGGCGCCCCUAACCUGUCUGAUUUCUUCCCAGCGCUGGCGAGGUUCGACCUGCAGGGGAUCCGGAAGAAGAUGGAGCUCAUCAGGCAGCGCUUCGAUGAGAUGUUCGUGAAUAUCAUACAGCAGCGGGUUAGUUUUGGACAGAACGGCGGCAGUGCAAAGAGGGACUUCUUGGAGGUAAUGCUCGAGAUGGAGAAACAAGGCGGCGACGGCAAGAGUCCCUUCACAAUGGAUAACGCCAAGUCCUUGAUCUUGGACAUGGUGGUUGGCGGGACAGAGACCACUUCCAACACCACGGAGUGGGCCAUGUCGGAGAUGCUGCAUAACCCGGAGGUGCUCAAGAAAGUACAGCAAGAGCUAGACAGCGUUGUGGGUCGAGAUGCCCUUGUGGAGGAGUCGCACCUUUCGCAGCUCCACUACCUCCGCUUGGUCAUCAAGGAGACGCUACGGCUACACCCGGCGCUGCCACUCAUGGUACCGCACAGCCCGAGCGCCGCAUCCACGGUUGGGGGGUACCAUGUUCCCGAGGGCAGCCGCGUAUUCGUCAACGUCUGGGCAAUUCAGAGGAACCCCUUGGUGUGGAACGAGCCACUCGAGUUCAACCCAGAGAGGUUCGCCGGAAAAGAUGCCCGCAAGUGGGACUUCACCGGGAGCCAGUUCGACUAUUUCCCUUUCGGUUCUGGAAAAAGGAUAUGUGCCGGGAUUGCCAUGGCCGACAAAAUGACGGCCUACUCGGUGGCCCUGCUGCUGCAGGCUUUCGAUUGGAAGCUCCCGCAGGGAGCCCAGCUUGACCUGUCCGAGAAAUUUGGGAUUGUGAUGAAGAAGGCUACGCCCCUGGUGGCUAUACCAACACCAAGGCUGUCUAAGCCUGAGCUGUAUUAUUCGUGAAUAUAUAUACUAGGACUAGUAUUAAUAGCAUUUGAACCUGCUCAGCUAGCUGGUUCGUGCUUAUAUAUGUACCAAUCCCCGAGGGGAACUCAGUCAAAUACUAGUAACUUGUAUUCGCAGUGAA